AUCGAUAACAGAUUAAACAGACGUGCUCCUGUGGCCAUGAGUAGACGGCACUGUUCAGCAGUGUUAUUAAUCUUGCAACAGUCAACAUGCGUUUCGGAAGGAGACACAAAGAUUCGGCCAGCUCCGCCUCAUCUGCAGAAGCUGCAUUGACACCUGCGCGGCCGCGGCGCGAGUACAAAAAUGCUAUCAGGGAUCCUGAGAAAAAUCCAUUCCUUCAACGAAAUUUGGCUAAUCCCACAACAGAUCUGGAAACUUUAAUUCAUUUAGCAAAAGGAAGCUUUGGAACAGGCGUCUUUGCCAUACCAUUUGCCUUUGCAAACGCUGGUCUGGUGACGGGCCUUGUAGGGUCGCUCGUAAUUGGUUUCAUCUGCUCACACUGUGUUCACAUAUUGGUAAAAAGUGCACACGAACUAUAUUGGCGGCAUAAUAUUCCAGCUCUAAAUUUCGGAGGAAUAGCGGAAGUUGCAUUUCGCGAAGGUCCAGAGAAGACUAAAAAAUUAGCAGUUGUUAUAAAGAUAAUUAUACAGUGCUUUAUCAUGAUCAUCGCAAUUGGCGUGUGUUCCAUUUUUUUAGUUUUCGUCGCAUCCAAUAUAGCGCAGGUGAUUAAUUUUUACACAGACUCGAAUAUAGACAUAAAGCUGUACAUUUUGAUGGUCGCGGUGGUGGCGACGGCACUGGCAAUGAUACGAGAUCUGCGAGUGCUCGCCCCGUUUUCCCUUCUGAGCAACAUACUGGUUAUGGCUUCCGUCGUCAUAGUCUUCAUUUACAUAUUUGACGAUCUGCCGAGCAUAAACGAAAGAGAAGCUUUUAUGCCCGCAGCAAGGCUUCCUAUUUUCUUUAGCAUCAUUGUCUACUCGCUUGAAGGAAUCAACGUGGUGAUGCCAUUGGAAAAUAAUAUGAAAACUCCAAACAAUUUUCUUGGCCGUUUUAACGUCCUGAACACAGCUCUAACAAUGAUCGUUUGCCUUUUCACAAUGGUUGGAUUUUUUGGUUAUCUGAAGUAUGGAGAAGAAACGGAAGGAAGUAUUUCAUUAAAUCUCCCCGAGGACCAAAUUUUGGCGCAGUCUUCGAAAAUAAUGCUGUCGGUCGCAAUUCUCUUGAGCCACCCUCUUCAAUUUUAUUGUGGCGUGGAAUUUUCGUGGCCCAAACUGGCGCCGAUGAUUGGCAGAAAAUUUCCUCGCUUCAGCGGACUUUUAGGAGAAUAUAUUUACAGACUCUGUUUGAUUUUAAUUACUGUGAUCAUUGCGGUCGGCAUUCCAAAUUUGGGAGCUUUAAUUGGGAUUGGAGGCUCCGUUUGUCUCUCAACAUUGGGGCUGAUGUUUCCCACAACAAUUGAAACGAUCGUUUAUUGGAAGAACUGGGGAAAGUGGAACUGGAUGCUGUGGAAAAACAUUUUGAUUUUCCUGUUUGGCAUGCUGGUAUUCAUAACUGGCUUUGCUGGAAGCAUUUUGCAGCUGAUUGUCUCAUUCCAAGGUGGUGACCCUGAAGAGGGCAGCCUAUUAUCAAACUUAAAGCAGCUUUCUGAUAGUUUGUUUUAAUCAAUGAAAAAAAUUAUUUUAAUAAAGUUCAAAAUAUGUUAUUAAAAAAGCUUCACUAAUUUCAA